AUGAAUCAAAAUGCUGCUGCACAAACUUUUUCCCUUCCCCAGUCUCUAGUUUCAACGGAGAACCGAAGACGUGAUUCGGAAGCUUUUUACGACAGCCGAUCGAAUAGUAAAGCAUCAUCGAUGCCAGGACCUUCGCUGAGAGAUCGAUUGCACGAUGCGCGGAUCGAAUGCCCGCAGCGAGCACAUACCUUCUUCGUCCCUCGCUCGAUUCUGGAAGACCUUAUCAACGUCAGUUCAGUCGCACAGGAUCUCCGAUCACACAAUUCCGAGAUCAACGAAAACGAUGCCACCAAGUACGCCAGUAAGGCAUGCGAAUCGGCACGACGCCUGUACGCGACACUGGCAUAUAUAGAGAAGGGUGCUGAUAUUUGUUUAUUCUUGAAUGAAGGCAUCACGGACGAGCACUUGCCGCUUGUUCGACAGUGCAGUGCUCGAAGCAAAUUUGCACUAUUUCGAACGAGUGGAGAGUCUAUCAAGGCUUUGGAAGCAUGGCAGGAGGAAGACCUGGGGAAGUUUGGUCGAUCUCAGUGGUGGAUGAUCUCUCCUGUAUUCCACCUGGGACAAGACCUGUAUGAUUUGGAUGCCAACAUGUUACUGCCAUUCGUCCCAUUCGACACCACCAGAGAUGAGCUGGCCCAUAAACAAGGAGGAUAUAGUGAGGUUUAUCCAGAAGAAACUAUACUCAGGGCCGUUGCCCCGAGACAUCAUCCGCAUCUGAUCAAACUCCUGGCAACCUACAAGCAUGAAGGAAAAUACCAUUUGAUGUUUCCAUACGCAAACGCAAAUCUCAAAAAAUACUGGGAUGAUCGACCUAAUCCAGCUUUUGAUCGUGUCACUGUCCUGUGGACAGUUCGACAGAUGGCUGGCAUUGCUAAUGGACUGUGUGCCAUUCACAGCUUCAGGCUUUCCAAGCCAUUGGUCGUGAAAACUGGAGAUGGGAAGAUGCGCGUCGCGAAGGGUAUUCCGCUCAAAGUUCGUGACGGAGAAGAAUGGUAUGGACGUCACGGAGAUAUCAAACCAGAGAAUGUACUUUGGUUCCGAAGAGACCAAAGAAAGAAUGAGCCGAAUGAAAUCUUACAAAUUGCUGAUUUCGGACUUGGCCGGUUUCACGGACGUGAUUCGAGGUCCGCGCAGAACCCCCGCACAAUCCAAGGCUCUCCGACUUAUGAGCCACCCGAAUACAGGCUUCGACAGCCUGUUUCACGAGCCUAUGAUAUCUGGAGCUUGGGCUGUGUAUACCUUGAGUUUGUCACCUGGCUUUUACAAGGAUCUCAAGCAUUAGCAACCUUCUCCAGUCUCCGUGGACGCGUAGCAACCCGAAGCAGCCUUGACGACGACAAUUUUUUCACAAUUGUGAACGAUGGUCAAGAGCCAAAUGCAGUUGUUCGUGACAAAGUUGUUGAUUGGGAGAAUCAACUUCACCAUCAUGAGCGAUGCUCAGAUCUCAUUCACGACCUCCUCGAGCUCAUUAUGAAGGGUCUUCUCGUUAUCGACGCCAAGCAACGCUACCCAGCUGACUGGAUCUUUCAACAACUGAAAGCGAUUAUGAUACGAGCGGAGAAGGAUGAAGCAUACUGGUUGAAGCCCAAUCCAGAUCCCGUGGAGCCAGCAAACGACAGGUCAAUUUCGACUCCGGCUGUUUUAACGGUCCCUACAGCGAAAUCGAAGCGAAAGACCGUCACGUACACAGAAGACACAAAAGGCCCAGCAGCGAAGGGUUAA